GCUGCGUAGCUUGCUUGCCGCCCCUGCUUACGCACUUUACGUAUUGCGGCCUAUUCACACAUCUUUUUAGUGGGGGCCAUGGCUACGCCAGCCAAGAAAAGAAAGACGAAUUUCUCAGAGCAGGAGGUGGAAAUCAUCAUGGAGGAGAUGGAGAAGCAGAAGCACAUCUUGAUUAACCAUUACAACGCCGGGGUGCCACUGCUGACCAAAAGCAACGCCUGGUACGACAUUUUAAAGCGAGUGAACGCCAUCAGCACGUGCCACCGGGAACUGGCGGAGGUGAAGAAGAAGUGGUCGGACCUGAAGACCGAGGUGCGAAGGAAGAUGUCGCAGGCGCGGGCUACGGCGGAGGCCGAAGGAGACGUCAGCAGCCCGCCUGUCCUGCUCACCCCGCUGCAGCAACGGAUAUGCAACUUGCUGGGCGAAAGCGCCAUCCUCAGCAUACCCGCCCAAGAAUGCCCGGCCGAAAUACCCGCCCAAGUCUCCAUCAGCUCGCCCGGCACCGUAACUCUCUCGCAAAUUCCUACAGAAACAACCUAUCACACCUUGGAGGAAAACGUAGUGGAGUACUGUACCACCGAAGCCCCCGCCGCCGUUACCUCUGAGACCCCCAUAGAAAUCAUCUCUCCUUCUGCUGAAGUCACGGGGAAACCUCAAGAACUGAAGAAUCGGAUCGCCCUGAACUCCGCCCGGCUCUUACAAGAACAGAGAGUGACGAACUUACACGUGAAGGAGAUCGCCCAGCACCUGGAGCAGCAGAACGACCUCCUGCAGAUGAUUCGCAGAUCGCAGGAAGUCCAGGCCAGCGCUCAGGAGAGGCAAGCCCAAGCCAUGGAGGGGACCCAGGCCGCACUAAGCGCCCUCAUUCAGGUGCUGCGACCCAUGAUCAAGGAUGUGCGCAAGUACUUACAAAGCCGGACAGUGGACUCGGCAGCGACCAACGAAGCCGGUGACCCAGGAGCUCAAAACGGACAAUCAAACAGUAUCGGCCAGUGACCCAUGUGGCGCCACUGCGUCAUAUCAUUACGUGUAGGGCCCUAUAGGAUGAUGGGCAUUAUAACCUGCUAACGACUACUGCCCAGAUACAGGCGACAUGGUCGCUUGAUGACCUAAGGACACAUCAUGAAAUAUUUGACUUUUUCAACACUUUUAAGAAUGGAAAUGAUGAACUGUAGAAUUUGCCAAUGUAGGAACACUACUUUCUUUUCUGGUCAUGCGCAGAAAGAUUAGGUGGCAGAACGUCUGUGUGCAUGAUGACAUCCAUGACGAGGUGGACAGUGUUUUGUGAAGGAUCUGUGUGUCAGCAGUGUUCCACGGACACUGCUCAGCUGAAAAUUAGUUUCCAGAGCAUCUUCUACCAAUGGUCCAUGGCCCAAACACACAUGGCAUCCAUGUUUUGUCCAUGGCUUUCAUGGACUCAUAGGCUGUAAUGCCCGUGAGGGAUCCGUAAUCAUGAACAAAAUAGGGUGUGCUUCUGUGGUGUCACCACGGACCAUGGAAAACGACUGAUUAAAGGGCAUCUGUCAGCAGUUUUGUACCUAUGACAUUGGUUGACCUGUUACAUGUGCGCUUGGCAGCUGAAGACAUCU